CUGGGGGUCCUUUUUACGUCCCUACCAACGCCAGUUAGCUCUUAGCUAAAACACCCAUGCUACAGUCGUGUGAUCGGCGGUGCAGGGACAAAUUAAAGCCCGUGGUUUGAAGCAGAGGCUGCAGUGAAGUGUUUUUUAAGACGCAUUAGUCUGAGUAAUAACACUGAAGUUGGUGAAUUGUUGCGUUCAAUGAACAUGUGGAGCUCCGGCCGCCGUGUCCUUCAGGAGCUGCUCGUCCAGCCUGCUGUCAGGAGCUUCUCUGUGACUGCUGCUCAGAACACGGUUGUGGUGGAGCGCUGGUGGCAGGUGCCUUUAUCUAAAGUGGGCAGCCCGCCGAGGCUUCACCCUCGAAGGCACAAAAUCUACAAGUUGGUUGAAGACACCAAACGCAAUCCCGCAGGGAAGAUGGAGCUCAUCCUGACACAGACAGUGCCCAAGGUCGGCGGGCGAGGAGACACUGUGUUAGUGAAAAAGUCUGUUGGCAGGAAUAAGCUGCUGCCCCAAGGCCUCGCAGUGUAUCCAUCACCGGAGAACAAACAGAUUUUUGCCGAGGAGUUAAGACUUUUGCGUGAGGGGAAGCCAGAGGAAAGAACCCAAACCCGCACUGGACAGCUUACAGUGGACUUUCUUAAACAAGCCACGUUGAAAAUAAACCAAAUGCCUUCGGAUGAAUUCCAGGUCACUAAAGAGGUCCUCCGCAGACAGUUUGUCAAGAAGCUGGGAGUUGUUGUGGCUCCUCACGCAUUGAGUUUUCCAGUUGAGUCUGUCAAGGACGUGGGUGACUACUGGUGUGAAGUUACGGUUAACGGAAUAGAGACAGUUCGCGUCCCUGUGUCACUGGUGCCAUUCGAAGACCCGUCCACAAAGUAUCAGAAACAGUUGAAAGCACAAAAGCUACAGUAGGCGGGCGUACAUUUUUCAGAACCUUCUGCAGCUGGUGAAGACUUAUAGUAGUGAAGCUUCAACCUCAACAGGAGCUGCUGAAGAAACAUCGGCCAGUGCACAGACUAUUCAAGACACAACAGCACCCCCCAGUGACAGCCCCAAGAAAGAUUAAAGGACUCCAAAUGGACUAUAGAACUGAAAUGGAUAAUACACAUUAUACAUGCAUACAAAAAUGUUCUGCUUGAUUAUUAAAAUUUUCAUUUUCAUUCA